ACAUGACCGGUUUCAUUUUGGAUUACAUUAACAGAUCGUUGAAGAACGAAGAAGAAGAUACUCAGCCGGAAUACAAUGAAACGGAUGGAGCCGACGGAGCAAAUGCUGAAGAAUCUGUGGAAGACCUGAUUGCACGGGCGGAAAAUAUGAUUCGCGAAAAUACUCGACAAAUCGAUCAAAUGAACAUUCCUGAGACCACUACGAUAGCUACGACCAAUGAUUGGAUGCAACAGUUCAUUGCACAGUCGGAAACUAGGGAGGCAGAUAAUCCAACCAGCUCCGGACAAUGCACAACAACAACAACUUCAACUUCUUCCACCAUCCAUCUGACCGAUGAAUCGGGCCAACCAGAUGUGAUUGAAGUGUCAUAUGUAGCUCCGGUUGCUACCGUUAUUUCCGUCGACACCGACAGUGACGAUAAGGUCAUUUUCGUGACCAGCCACUGCGACCGAGGCCAUCCGUUGUGAUUCCUGCCAUAGAU